AUGGUCCUUCGCAUACGGCUCGCCCGCUUCGGCAAGAAGCACUCGCCUUUCUACAACAUUGUUGUCGCUCACGCCCGAACAGCGCGCAACUCCCGCCCCCUCGAAGUCCUCGGGACGUACGACCCUACCCCAAAAGCGCCCCGACCAGGUGACACCCACGGCCGGCCGUGGAAAGACAUCAAACUCGACGUUUCGCGCGCACGGUACUGGGUAGGCGUGGGCGCGCAGCCGAGCGAUACGGCGUGGCGGCUGCUGAGCAUGGUGGGAAUCCUGGAGCCGCAGUUUAGGGUGGGCCAGAUCCAGGGGAAGGUUGUGAAGGCGGAGACGGCGGCGAAGAGUUUAAUUACUCCUACGACGGGCGCUGGGCAGGAGAAGGUGGAGGCGUAG